AUGAAGAUCUUCCAGCUUCCGAUCCUGGUAUUCACUUUAGUAGGGGUGUUUGCUUUGAAAAACCUCGCGGAUCCUACCCGGAUUCCUUUGCCAUCUUGGUCAGGAUGUCCCGUCAAUGGUCCAUUGCUCCCUCGCCCAACACACCUGGAUCGCUCCCAAACCAUUAAAGAUGCGGCGAAAAACCUCACAGAAGCUCUCGACUCUGCAAUACAGAAAAAAACCAAGGCGGGAUUUGACGUCGAUGAGACAUCUUUCUCAAUUGCAUUUAUAACACCUCGCCAGAAAAAUGCGAGUGAUAAAAGCAAUGGCAUAUUCUGGUCAUAUCAUCAUCUUGGAAAAAAGAACUUUCGGGGAACUAAACACCUGAAUGAGGGAUCACAGUAUUUGAUUGGCUCUAUUUCUAAGGUUUUUUCCGAACUUCUUCUUCUGAAAUCGGAUAUCCAUUUGGAUGAUCCGAUAACCAAAUAUUUGCCCGACCUUCAGAAAGAACAGACUCCGAUCCAAUGGAGCAACAUCACUCUGUCGGCACUUUCGAAUCAUCUGGCCGGCAUCCCAUCCAACCUACCUUCUUCUUUUGAAUAUUAUUUUCUUCGAUCGGUAUACCAGCAACUCGGUUUCCCUUCCAUUGCCAACGAAAGUUAUCCAGAUUGUGGAGUCAGUGGACUAAACAAAGCAUGCAACAAAACACAGAUUAUUGAGAUUAUGAGCUCUGCACUACCUGUCCGAGAACCGUACACAGAACCAGUUUACUCUUCGCUUUCUUUCGAGCUAUUCGCACUUGCGCUUAGCCAGAAGACAGGAAAAUCGUACAUCCAGAUGUUGAAUGAAACUAUUAUCGGUCCACUUGGACUCAAAAACACAGGUGUCUCCCCUGGGAAUGAUGAAAGAGCGGUUAUACCGCCGCUGAGCGAAGAUACUUUAGGGUGGGGUUCAGAUUACGGAUAUACGGCCCCUGGAGGAGGCCUUUACUCUUCUCUUGGAGACCUGGCAAUUUUGACAACACGGAUCUUGAAUGAGACAAUAUUUUCAGAACUUCAAACGACAAGAAAAUGGCUGAAGCCCCAGUCAAUGACAUCCGGAGUCAACGAGCUCGUGGGCCGACCGUGGGAGAUUCAACGGACAAACAAUUUGAUCCCAGAAAAUCCACAUAUAGUCGAUAUUUAUGGGAAAGGGGGUGGAGCCAACGGAUAUGUAUCGCAGAUGUCCUUGGUGGAUGAAUACGGGGUUGGUUUUGUUGUAUUAACGGCUGGGCCUCGUGAAUCUGCCACUGCAUCAAUACUAAAUGAAGCAAUCAUUACUUCAUUUAUCCCUGCAGUUGAUCGCGAGACCCGGUCACAAGCGUUUGCCUACGCAGGGAACUUUUCCGUCGGGUCAAUUCAAAAUCCAAAGAAGAUCGGAAGCAAAGAUAUUACACCUGUGGAAUUGAGUCUUUCAAUCAAUGGAGGAACAGGUUUGAAGGUAGAUUCGUUGACGCGAAAUGGAUCGGAUAUACUCACUGGACUCGGUAAAAUUUGGAAUUCCUUGCUUCCAAUGACGGGCAUUCUCAACCCCGACUUCCGAAUUUACCCUACUGGAAUUGAAACCCCCGUGGAAGGAGAGGAAAAUAUCAUUUUUGAAGAUUGGAGAAUUGAUUUUGACGCUAUCCCCGCUGAUAAUGCUGCCAUGUCGGACCUCCCAGGACAGGGAAAACUGUCCAACGUGUGCGCUUCUUGGCAAACAGAGUCCUGGAUUUAUUAUGGAGGAGAAGCUUUGGAUCGCAUAGUCUUCAAGGUGGACCGUGAAGCAGGAAGUGUGAUUGGCGUGAAUAUUCCGUUCUUGCGCACCGGAGUAUUACCGAAGGCCUAA